GAUCCUGAAAGGCUCCUUAGGUGGGAACGCCAAAACCGUGAUGAUUGCCUGCGUCAGCCCUUCCUCCUCCGACUUUGAUGAGAGCCUGACUACUCUGAAUUAUGCCCGGUGGGCUCAGAAUAUCAAAAAUUGGGCUGUGGUGAAUUGUAGCAAGGAGGUGGAGCCUGUAGAAGCCCUGCAGCUGCGUCUCAAGAAGCUUCAGAGGGCCGUGGAACAGAGACACCGGUCCGAGACUCGCAUCAUCCACCGAUCGGAGGUGGUGCCCAUCAAGGGACACUUGGAGGAAAGCGUGGCUCGCUUACGAGCAGAGUGCAACCACUACCGGACUUGCACAGACGCCGCCUAUCAGCUCUUGAUGGAACUGCAAGGGGAGGGCAAUUUGACAGAGGAACAGGGGCUCCAGGUGAAAGGCUGGCUCUGUGCGGUGGAAAAUGGGGCAGGUGAGCCGAGCUUGACCUCCGGCAUAGACAGCGGGAUUGGGAGCACUUCGGCUGAGGAGCCGCACUCUAAAACUUCCAGUUCCAAGCUGGUUAAGAUUCAGGGGGCCAAAUUGCGAGAACAGGAAGACGUCAUCUCUCAACUUCAGAAGCACCUAAAGAUGGAGAUGCCCCAUUUGGACAUCCCUAAAAUGCUAGGGAGUGUCUCCCUGGUGCAGCUUGACCAAAGGCCCCACACGGCUCCUGUGGACACAUAUCAGUCCCAUCGCUGGCUCAAGCCCGCCUGUAAUAACCACAGUAAGGAACAGAACCCACAGCUGCAGCAAAGAGGAGGCUUCAACCAAGAAGAAUAAAAAAUAUAACUCAAAAUCCCCAGAGGGCGUACAAGAGAAUUCUUUGGAACUAUCUAAAGAUGGUAGGCAACAAGAGCUGAGCAGUCCAGCAGGGAGCUUUCCAGGCAAGGAUUCAGAAUGGCAGCUGCUCCAGGCCCACCAGAAGAUCCGUGAGCUGGCCAUCAACAUCCGUAUGAAAGAAGACCUGAUAGGAGAGCUCAUUAAAACAGGCAAGCAUGCUCAAGCCAUGAACAAACAGAUCCUGCAGGAGAAGAAGCGGGCGACGGAGAGGCUGGCCUCCUUCUCUGCUCAAAACGAGAAGCGCCUGCUGGGGCUGGAGAGGAACGUGCAGCUGAUGCGGCAACAGCAAGGCCAGCUCCAGAAGCGUUUGCGGGAAGAAGUGGAGCAGAAGCGACGUCUGGAAACCGAGAUGCAGAAGAGGCAGCAUCGGGUCAAGGAGUUGGAACUGAAGCACGAGCAGCAUCAGAAGAUUCUGAGGAUCAAAACGGAGGAGGUAGCUGCCUACCAGCGGAAGCACAGGAGCGGCAGCAAUGACUCUAUGAUCAGUCUUGAACAGCAGCAGAAAAUUGAAGAGCAGAAGAAGUGGUUGGAUGUAGAGAUGGAAAAAAUCCUCAAGCAGAGGCGUGCCCUGGGUGAGCUGGAAGAUGAAUUGACCAAGAGAGAAGCCAUCGUCGCCAAGAAAGAAGCUCUCCUUCAGGAGAAAAAUGAUCUGGAAAACAAGAGACUCCGGUCUAGCCAGGCUCUGAAUGAUGACAUUCUUCGUGUCUCCAGCCGUCUGGAGUACUUGGAGAAAGAGCUAACCCAGAGGAGUGGGCAGCUUGGUCACAGCAGCGCACAGGACCAGCAGCUCAUAAGGCAAGAAAUUAAUAAUUUGCGGCAGGAGAAGGACCAGUUGCUCAAGCAGAGGUUGGAGAUCGAUGAGAAAUUACGUCAGGGCACCUUGCUGUCACCUGAAGAGGAGCGGAUUCUUUUCCAGUUGGACGAAGCCAUUGAAGCUCUGGAUGCUGCCAUAGAAUAUAAGAACGAGUCCAUUACUUGCAGACAGCGAGUUCUGAGAUCCUCAGCCAGCCUUCUUUCCCAAUGUGAGAUGAACCUUAUGGCAAAGCUCAGCUACCUCUCUUCCUCCGAGACCCGGGCACUGCUUUGCAAAUACUUUGAUAAGGUGGUGACCUUGCGAGAAGACCAGCACAAACAGAGUGUGGCAUUUUCCGAACUGGAAAUGCAGCUGGAAGAGCAGCUACAGCUGGUGUUUUGGUUGGAGGUGGCCCUGGAACGUCAGCGCUUGGAGAUGGACCGUCAGCUGACCUUGCAACAGAAGGAACACGAGCAGGACGUUCAGCUCCUACUCCAGCAGAGUCGGGAACAUAUCGAAGAAGGACAGGCAAACAGCAGGCUUCAGUAUGAACAAAAGAUCCAGACGCUGGAAAAGGAAUUGGCUCAUUACAAAUGGCUAAACGAGGAAUUAAGCCAAAAGUUAAAGCAGCCGGAGGGACACGGCGGAGGUAUGGAGAGGAGCAUCUUUGCAGUUGGGGACAGACCCAGUUCGCUCAGCACACAUGAAGAUUUUACCAAAAAAAGCCAGCUGGAACCAUCCUUGCAGCUGGAGCCCUCAGAAAGGAAUCAAAGAAAGAGAGAGGACUUAGUGCAUACGCCGUUACCAUCCACCUGGAGGCGCUGCUCACUGUCUAGUGCCAAUAACUUGAUAGUGGAAGAUUUUCGUCAAAUGGAGAUAGAUUUUCUCCUAAGAUCUAACCAAGCCAAGGAUAUCCCUUUGCAUCCCAGAUCCCGCAAAGAGUUGCACCGGGCCAGCCAGAACUCCAUCCCUGGGUUGUCUUAUCCAGAAAUCAUUGACGUUAGAAAAAAUCCACUCUAGUUCUGAGAUGUUGACUGUUCCAUCUAAAAUAAGCUAAUAAGCGCCUUCUGAAGAUAACUGCGCAUAAAUUACCAAAAAGGCAGUAGGUGGGUUCAUCCAUUAUGCAAAAUCUGAAGAAACGAUAGCUCGGAUUAACGAAAGGAUACAUGAUAGCCAC